CGCGCGCUGGAAUUGUCCCCGCCGGGCCCCGGUAGCAGCCGGCGGGGGCGUCCUGUCAGGCGGUGACGGCGGGCGGGCGCGCCCAGGUUGUUGCUGCUGCUGCCGGGACGCGGCGGCUGCGGGCGGCGGCUCCGGCCAUGGACGAGCAGGCGGGGCCCGGCGUUUUCUUCAGCAACAACAACAACAACAACGCGCUGCUGCUGCCGCCGGGCGGGGCCGGGCCGGGGCUGGAGCCGGGGGAGGCGGCGGCGGCGGCGGCCGCGGGGGGCUCCUUGGCGGCGGCCGCCCCGGCCCCGGUGUCCGCGGCCCGGGCUCAGUACAGCGUCCCCGGCAUCCUGCAUUUCCUGCAGCACGAGUGGGGCCGCUUCGAGGCGGAGCGAGCCGAGUGGGAGGCGGAGCGGGCGGAGCUGCAGGCCCAGAUUGCCUUUCUUCAAGGGGAAAGGAAGGGACAAGAAAAUCUGAAGAAGGAUCUAGUGCGGAGAAUCAAAAUGCUGGAAUAUGCUCUUAAACAGGAAAGAGCUAAAUACCACAAAUUAAAAUACGGCACAGAAUUGAAUCAGGGAGAUAUGAAGCCUCCAAACUAUGAUUCUGAUGAAGGGAAUGAAACAGAGGUUCAGCCCCAACAAAAUAGUCAACUAAUCUGGAAACAAGGGCGACAGCUGCUGAGACAGUAUCUGCAGGAGGUGGGUUACACUGACACUAUACUGGAUGUGAAGUCAAAACGAGUGCGAGCUCUGCUGGGCCUCUCAAGUGAUGCAUCAGACAGGGAAAAUGACAAAAAUCAAGAAUCAAUGGUAAAUGGUACAGAGGCUGAGAUUAAAGAAAACGCAAUGAUUGGGAAACCAGAAUUGACAGACUCUGCCUCUCUGCUAGAGACCUUCAAAUUUCUUGAAAAUGCAGCUUCAGAGUUCAGUGAUGAAGAUGAGGAUGAAGAUAUUGAAAGAAGAGAGAAAACAAUGAUUGAUACCUCAACGAUGGUGAGGAGAAGAGUGGUGUCUGAUAGCAGUGAAGACAGAGAUACAGAAGAAGCUUUGAAAGAGUUUGACUUCUUGGUUGGAUCAGAUGAAGGAGACGGAGAAUCUAGAAGUUCAGGAGAUGGAACUGACUGGGAAAAGGAAGACCAGUGUCUCAUGCCUGAAGCCUGGAAUGUGGACCAGGGAGUAAUAACCAAACUCAAGGAACAAUACAAAAAGGAGCGCAAGGGAAAAAAGGGGGUGAAGAGAAAAACUACCGAAGAUAUGUUUCAGCCUCAAUCCUAUAUAAAACAGUCAAAACAGGGAUGUGGGAAAAUGAUGGCGCAAAGCACAGGGCCCAACAGGUCAAAGCUGCAAGACAUGCUUGCAAACUUGAGAGAUGUUGAUGAUCUACCUUCAUUACAGCCAUCUGUCACAUCACCCUCUAGGCCGAGUAGCUCAAGGCUUAUUGAACAUGAGAUAAACAGGACAGAUGAAGUGGAAGCUUUAACAUUCCCUCCUACAUCAGGGAAGUCAUUCAUUAUGGGAGCAGAUGAAGCCCUUGAAAGUGAGCUGGGUCUUGGAGAAUUGGCGGGCCUUACAGUUGCCAAUGAGGCAGAUUCACUGACUUAUGAUAUAGCAAACAAUAAGGAUGCACUGAGGAAGACCUGGAACCCCAAGUUCACAUUAAGAAGUCAUUUUGAUGGAAUAAGAGGUCUGGCUUUCCAUCCAGUUGAACCAGUCUUAAUAACUGCAUCCGAGGACCAUACGUUAAAAAUGUGGAAUUUACAAAAAACAGCGCCAGCAAAAAAGAGUGCCUCUCUCGAUGUAGAACCUAUAUAUACAUUCAGAGCACAUAGUGGCCCAGUGCUCUGUGUGGUAAUGAGCAGUAAUGGUGAGCAGUGUUAUAGUGGAGGAACUGAUGGCUUCAUACAGGCCUGGAAUACGACAAACCCAAAUAUUGACCCCUAUGAUUCUUAUGAUCCGUCUGUUCUAAGAGGUGCAUUUGUAGGCCACACCGAUGCAGUAUGGGGCUUGGUUUAUAGUGGAGCACACCAGCGUUUACUAUCCUGCUCAGCAGAUGGCACCAUACGUUUAUGGAAAGCUUCAGAAAUUGCUCCAGCUCUUAAUAUAUUUAAUGAUAAUCAAGAAAUGGGAAUCCCUUCUUCUGUGGACCUUGUGAGCAGUGACCCAAGCCACAUGGUAGCAUCAUUUAACAGUGGGCACACUUGCAUUUUUAACAUGGAGACACGGCAACGAAUUCUUACCUUGGAGUCCAACAUAGAUUCCACCGCUAACUCUUCCUGCCAGAUAAACAGAGUUGUCAGCCAUCCAACUCUUCCUAUUAGUAUCACUGCCCAUGAAGACAGGCACAUCAAAUUCUAUGACAACAAUACAGGAAAACUGAUCCACGCAAUGGUAGCCCACUUAGAUGCAGUCACAAGUUUAGCUGUUGAUCCUAAUGGCUUGUAUUUGAUGUCUGGCAGUCAUGACUGUUCAAUUCGCUUAUGGAACCUUGAAAGCAAAACCUGUAUUCAAGAAUUUACUGCUCAUCGCAAAAAAUUUGAUGAGUCUAUUCAUGAUGUGGCAUUUCACCCAUCCAAAUGUUAUAUUGCCAGUGCAGGAGCAGAUGCUCUGGCUAAGGUCUUCGUAUGACACAGUGCUUCCCUUUCAGCUCUAGCUCUUGUACAUUUAACCAGAUGCACAAAAGAGAGGAAGACAUGAGCAAGAAUCUUCAUUUCCUACCCUGAAAUUAAGAGAACGUUUGUAAUGGUUUAGUUUUUGCAGGGUGCUCUUUUCUAAAUUAAGGUUUCUUCAGGUUUCUGUGAACUCAGCUGGUGCUGAGAGCUUGGAUACUCUGUUUCAAAUGUCAGCAAAAGAAAUGCUUUUAUUUCUGAGGGUGUGAAUAUUUGUCCAGGCAGGCCUUGGGCGAAACUAGGUCUCUGUAUUCUCUGCUAAUAAAGUGGGACACUAGAGGGAUGAUCAAGUAAAUAGGUGGCCUGAGUGCUGCAGGGAGAGGGGAGCGGAACUUCCAAGUGUUUCUCAUCAAGGAAUCUUAUAAACGGCAUACUUUAAAUUAAGUAACCUAAAAAGGUGACCAUUCACAUGCCCAUUGGGCUACCAUAUGAAUUUCACUUGUUCAUCCCUUUGGUAUUAAUGACUAGAUGGUGUUUAGAGGAAAGUAGCUGAUAAUUAAUCUCAGCCCACUUGGCUGCUAGCAUAAGAUAAAUUUGGUUAAAAGGAAAAAAUUACUAAAUUUUAAAAAUUAUUAAUGCAGUAAUGUUUUGUUCAAUUUAUUAUGUUAUACAGCAAAUAUUUAGUUUACAGAAAAUGUAUACGUUUUAUUAAUUUUGUGAAAGAAUGUGAUAGCAAGUGGCUAGAAGCUUAGGCCAUAGUCUAAUCACAAUUAAGGAGACAGGCUGAAACAGUCUGUAUAUACUGUAAUAAGGGAUUUAAUUUAUUCAAAUGUAUAAUACUGUUUAUUGUUGGAGGUCAGGCACAAGAAAUUGUAAUAAAAGUUCCCACAGCAACCUCUAGCAUAGUUUAGCCAACACAUCUUCAUUUCUUCCCGUUCCUACAAAAAAGGGUGCCACUGUGGAUGAAAAUCAUGAUUUCAUUUUAAGAAUAAACGUGGAUUCAUAGUGCUCUGUGUGAGUCUUGCUAUCAGAUUAAUGCAGUGGGUGCCUUUACAAAGUUCCACCAGUUUUAAAGAUUCUACUAGUUCUAGAGAGAUUCCCUAACUUUCAAACCGUUGGAACUUUUGAGAUGUUCCCCCUGUAUGGGGCAUGCUGUGCCACUGAUCUUUAAAGUGCGGUUAUGUGAAAAGUGACCGUUUAAAAAUGGCACCUUUUUACUCAGCAGAUCUGAUCCCUCACUAUAUUCAGUUUACUAUUCAGUAUAUUUGUUUACUUUCAUGACAGAAAUAAGUUUGGUGGUUUUUAGUCCUGUUGUCCCUGAAGGGCCAUCGCAGGUGAGAAAGAGUAAGGUGGAGUGUAUUCUACUGGGAACCAUCAGACGUUGUUACCUUUCUGUAAAUCCAUUUAAGGCAGUGGUGUCCUCAGAUCCACUUGUGGAGUGUAGUUAGUUCUGUAGAUUCUUUAUUACUGGUGAUGAUGUGAGAAGGAAAGAACCCAGCCUGACUCUCAAAUCUCAGGUUGAGUUUGGCUAGAAGUUAAUAAAGAAAUCUUUUCUUGUAAACUGACGCUUUGGAAAUAGGAGUCAUUGAAACACAGUAAACAUAGGACACAAUGCUAUUUUUAGAGUGACUGUUCAGAGCAGAACCACACUUAGGCAGAACUCCCCAUUGAUUACCAUAGGGAGUUCAAUGUCACUCUAUUGCUUUAUGAUAAAAAGUUGCCCUGAACUGUUUGAGCCUGCAGUGUAUUAUAUUUAAUGUUAAAUACCCUGGAAUACCUUUUACUGCUCAGCAUAUUCAGAUAUUUCAGUUUGUGAUACUGAUGUACAAUAUAUUUGCAUUAAAUAACAUUAGAAUUUUACCACUAAACAGAUUACUAUAAUAACUCAAAUUAUUUAGUUUUAUAUGAUAAAAAGGGGAAAUCUGGCUGCAAAACUGAGCAUUCAACUUUGUGAAAAGUCAUUUGUGUACUUGACUUGUUCUUUCAGUGUCAUUAUUUUAUUUCUUUUUGGAAAGGAAAUUACAAAGAUUUAUUUGAAAAAUUCUAAAAGUUAUGUAUAUUAUAGAUGUGUAUAUAUAUAUUGUAAACAUGUAUUAAAUCUGUCUUGUAAGGGAAGACUUCAUGGGUGCAUUUUAAUGUUUUAGUAUUAAGAGUUCUCAGUUUGUGUAUACAAAGGAUGUUGAUAAGUAUGAAAUGAAUGUUGUGCUGUUUGCUUACAAAAUAUAAUACAUAGUUACAGGUGUUUAGAUUGCUGUACAUAAAACUAAUAGGCCAGCAUGCUUGUUUUUAAAGACUGUCAUUCUAACUGAUUAAAAGUUGAAUGUAAGAAAAAGUGGAUAGUCAAAUGUGAAUUGAAAGAUGUUCCAUUCUUACUGUUGAGCUCUUGCUCAAACUGAAAAGUGAAUCUUUUAAAGCUGGCAAUAGCUAGAAGAUGAGGUGCCUUUAAAAAAACAAAUGUAGCCUUACAAAGAGGUUGUGGAGUAUAUAUUUUUGUGCUGGUCUUCAUAAUUGAUGUUAAUGUCUUUUUUACUGUAUCUGCUCACGUACUUGCGGGACUGCAGGAUACUGUGCAUGAGCCUGUCAGCUCAUCUGAACAUCAUCAUAGAAGUUAAGGAUGGAAAAGACUGUUUAGGCAGUUUAGUUCAUCAGCCUGACAAAGUGGGAUUGUUACCCUAUUGUGCAUUUUCAUAGUGUUUUGACCAGUGAGGUUUUAUAUAUGUCCCAAAUGAUUAGGCUUUCAUUACUUCCCUUGGAAGACUACUCCAAUGCUUAGGUAUCUCACUAUCGGAAAGUUUUACCUGGUAUUCAGUCUAAAUAUUUAUUUUCUUAAUUUCAUCACAUUAUUCCAAAUUAUAGUCCUUUGUACUGAAUAGUUCCUCUCCAUGCUUGGUAUUUACACCCUGAAGGUAUCUGUAGAUGCUUAUCAUAUCCCUUCCUUAAUUGUCUCUUAGGCAAGCUAUACAUGUUAGCUCUUUUCAUUUUUUUCCUUACAAGUCAACUCUCUACAACCCCUGAUCAUUUCAGCCCUUUCAGUUUGUCAGUUUAUUUCUUCAUAACUUGCUGUCCAAAACUGUGAACACACCAUUCCAGAUGCAGUGCCAUCAGUACUAGUGUAGAGAGGGUCUGUUAACCUCUGUGUUCUGUGAUGUGAUGCUUCUGCUCACGCAGCCCAAAAUUGUAUUGGCCUUUUUGCUGCUGUGUCAGAUCGCAAACUCAAAUCUUAAUUGUAUCUGCCAUCUUCUUUAGACAAUUUUCAGCAUUAUUGCUUCCCAGGUUGUUGUUUCUUCUUUAGUUAUGUGCAGCUCCUCCCGAUUCAGUAUAGUCUGUAAAUUUCGUUAAUGUGUAUUGGCCACUAAUGAAAAUAUUCAUAGGAUUGGACCCAACUCCGAUCCUUGCAGUAUUUCCACUAAAAUUUCCAUAUCCGUGAUGCAUUACAUUCUGCCAUUAUGCUAUUUCCACAACAAGUUCACAUGGCAAUUUUGUAGUAUUAUUUCAUAGAAAUUUCAGUGUAAGUUAACCUGUUACUAAUUUUUGUUUUUAGUAAAGUCCAGUUGAAAGGAGAAACUGCAACCCCUUUAUCUGGUGAAAAUGAUCUAAUAGGCUUAAACAUCCUCCUUUUCACUUCCAAUUUACAAAGAUAAACCAUAUGCUAUUUUUGUGUGGUUAUGAUUCGGCUGACUAAAAUACUUUCUUGUGCAAAAGGAUUAGACUCGUUUGGGACACACCUUGGAUUAAGUAUUAUGGGAAAUAUUUCCUUCACUUUUAUAGUGUCUUAGUCACUGCAUUUUUUUUUUUUUUUUUGGUACCUUAAAGACAAACCUCUGUGACAUGCCAAGUAAAAUCCUAAUCAGAGUGUUCAAAUGUCUUUUUCAUUUAUAUUGUUUAUAAAAGUUACCUAGGACUACCGUGAUUUUCAGAUCACAUUUAAGUUUAAUUCAUUCAAUAAAAAAACAUUUUCUUUAGAAAGGUUUAGAGUAGCAGCCGUGUUAGUCUGUAUCCGCAAAAAGAACAGGAAUACUUGUGGCACCUUAGAGACUAACAAAUUUAUUAGAAAUAAACUUCAUUUCCUAUAGUUGUUUUUUAGGAUGCAGUGUGUGAUUAAAGUAAUGUUACAGCUUAAGUAUUCCCAAGCGUAAUACGGUUGAGUUACUAAGUGUGUAAUUGUUCAGUAUUCAGCUUUGUAAUUAAACCAUAACCAUAGAUGUAGAAGGUGCAAAUUCCACAUAAAUAAAAACUUGUCCUUUUCAAUAAAUAAAAUCUAAAGUAAUUAAACACAUACUACUUUCAAUACAUCAGUGUGAACUCAUCCCAAAUGUUUCUAAUUCUCAGCUACUUCAACCAUUUAACCACAAACCAUGCAUUAAUGUAAAAUACAUGCAUCAUUUUUUGAUAGGAGCACUGGAUUACAAGCACGUUACUAGAAUCCAUCCUAAAGGAAACCAAAAAUUCAUUAGCAAGCAUAAACGUCAUAUCUCGCAUCUUUUUCAAGCACUUCUAAAGACUUUUAUAUAAUGAAUGUCAACUUGUAUGAAGUCUGCCUAUCACUGAUUGCAGGAUAUUUUAAGACCCAAUUUUAAAUUCUAAAUUUUGCCCUUUUGUGCCAAAGUAGAAGUAUAGUUUGGUCAAAUAGUAAAACAUACCACUAGAGAAGGGGUAGCAAGAGAUUUGUGGUAUCUUAUAACAAAAUCUUUGAAAAUAAAAUGGUGUUUUGUUUUAAUUUAUUUUUCAUAUAUAAGAUCCAAUCUAACUUUGACACACUCCUCAGAGACUUCAGUGUGACCACACAUGAGCUUCAAAUUAAGCACAUAUGUAAGAAUUUGCAGUAUCAGGCCAUAAAGAUAUUAAUAGGUGACUUGUUCUCAUGUACUGUGAUAGGAUUAGAACUUAAUCACAAAGGAGGGAGUGCAGGACCAGUUUUCAGCCUUAUUUCUGAAUGCCCAUGAUUUUGCGGAUUUAGGUCACGACCUCAAUGUUAUAUAAAUAAUUAUGGUAUUUUUGCAUUUAAUUCAUUAUAAACAAUCCAUUCCAUACAAAUAAAUGCACUGUCAAUGCCAUUCUAAGCUUAGCUUUGGAAACUUUGCUUUAUUUCCAGUGUGAUCACAAGUGUCUUUGCCAUUUUACCAUGUUACUAAAUGAUGCUACCGCUUUUUCUUUAUUUUGACAUGCAAAUAAGGUAUGAAUGGGAACAGUGAUUCAAAGAUAUUUCAUGAGUCAGUUUAUGAACAUGUAUAUAUUUCAGAUAGGUGAAAUGGAACUCUUCAUUAAAUCGGGAAAAUACAAAAUGGAAAUAACUGUGGAAACUAACUACAAUACAACAUUUAAAAAUACAUUCUGAAAUUUGAUGCUGCUAAAUGGAAAAUUAUUUGGCCACAACUACUAAAAAGGGAAAAUCAGACCAUGACAUUAAGAUAGAUGAACAUACAGUAUUGUUGUUAGGAAAAUUUAUAAUUUGUAACAUAGUUAAUUCAUUUUACCUCUUGGACCUUUCCUGAUGGUGAGCUUCAGAGCUACAGUCAAAUUAACUACUUCUCUCUUGAGUGGCAUAGAGUAACUCUGUAGUAAGGUUUUAGUUUUGUUUUUGUUUUAUUUUUUGAAAUCUAUUGCUCUUCCCUGAGGCAAAUGUUUUGGAUAGUUCCCCUGUCCCAUAAGGAGUUGAGAAUUUACCAUUUACUCUGACUUUUGCUGUGUAUUUUUUUGGCGGAGGCUACACUGAAAAGUGACAUAACUUCUGUGGUAUACAUGGAUUUAGGUUUAUAGAACAACACUGUUAACUAUAAAUUGCACGUAAUCUGCUAAUCAAACCCCUUGCAAUGUCAGGUACUACUCAGCAUGACUAAGGGUAACAAUAGUAAGGUAGUAGACAACAUUUUUCCCAUCAGCCUGCCUGUGGGGUAUGUCUACAAACUAGAAAAAUGGUAGUUGGAGGGAAACUGAAUUUUGAAGGGUGGCCUGACAUGAAAUGGAAGAAAAUGGGGAAAGCUUAGGGGUGGUGAAAAAUUAAGGCAUGAGCCCGAUCAAACCCCUAUGUUUAAGUGAUCCUUACUCAGGCAAGUACUCCUGUUCAGUCAAUGGGUCUGCUCCUGUUAGUGAAAAUCUUGCGAAAUGAUGACUUUUCCUUGUUUACUAACAACUAUUUGCUGAGUAGCCACCUUUUUCAUGGUCUUGUUUGUUCUUACCAUUUGAAUCUCUUCCAUAAACUAUACAUUCACGGAGCCUUAAAAUCCCAUCUGUUUUUGACUUCCUGCUUUGGAGGGUGAAUUGCAUUGAUUAAGAGCGACUUCCUGUUUGGACACUUUUCCUGAAGGACAGGUGGGAUUUCAGGUCUAUAGGACUACAGCAUCUGAGUUUUCAUUAUUUAGAAUGAAAAAGCUUUUUUGGACCUACUUAUUUUUAAUUUUAGUUUCUGAUUCUAGUGAAUUUUCUUAUUAUUUUUUUUAUCCUACCUGCUGACUUAAUUUUGUUGCUUAAAGUCUGUUUGAAGCCUGAGAAGUACUGUACAAUGUAAGACCGUACUUUAAGAUUCUGUUCUCAGUAUAAAUCCCUUUGAACGAUGCAAUGAGGGUUCGAAUCUGGUGUUUGCAGUGUCGUUGUAGUCGUGUUGGUCCCAGGAUAGACAAAGGGGCGAGGUAAUAUCUUUUACUGGACUAACAUCUGUGGGUGAAAGAGACAUUUUUUUCUUUUCUACUUUUUCUUCAGAUCCUGAUGAAGUGCUUGGGGUAGCUUGAAUGCUUCUUUCUUUCACCCACAGAAGUCGGUCCAGUAAAAGAUUUUACAUCACACACCUGGUUUUAAUCUCGCUUAUUUUCAGUAAAGAUACUUUGUCGCCAUGGACAAACCAAUCCAUACUGUAGCUAGAUUAAAAAAUAUGCUUUAAUGCAGGUCUCUACUGGAGCUAGUGUGAUAUUUUUUAAACCAAUUUGACGCUGUCUACACUGCCAAGCUUUGUUAUGACACAGUAAGACCACAAGCAUGUUUACCCCAUGCUUAAGCAUGUAUUUUAAACUGUUCAAAGCCCUGUGCUGACAAGGCCUAAAAGUCCUGUUUGUUUGCAUUCAUUCACCUUGAAUUGCAGGCUCCCAAAAUUACUUGCUCAGAGUCUGAGAAAUCCUUGGUCCUAGCACCAGAGUCUUAAGCUGAAAGGUUAAAAAAAGAAUUACACAGCUGGAUUUGUACUUUUCUAAAAGGGAAGGGAUAAUUUCUUGCCAAACCAAAUAGAUUCAUUACUUUUGUGGCUUACUUACUAAAAGCAGCCAAAAAUAUUGUAUAAGGGAUAAAUGAUGGACUUCAGGCUGACAUUUUUUCAUUAAGAAUUUAUUUUUGUAUUCUAUCUUUCAUUGAAAUUUUGGUCUUUACAUGUAGUUUGUUUUUUCAAAUGUAGAGCUCCCAAAAUUAUGUUAUUUCAUCUCAGUCAAGCAUUUACAACAAACAUAAACAGAUUUCAGGGAUAUCGCUUCAGCAUUAGCAAUCUGGAGCAAUUUACUUUUGAAAAUACAAAAAGAGUACGUUAACAAGUAACAUUUUGUAGCUUUGGAGCCUGACUGGAUUGACAGGGAGUCUUGUACUACAUGCAGUGGUUUCCUUAAAUCAUGCAUCUCAGCAACUUGUAGAAGAAUACAGGAUGAUAAAACUAUUAUUCAGUGUAAUAUUUUCUAUUAAUUAUAGGUAUAAUAACUUCUUAACAUGGAUAUUCAUGUUCAGCACUGCUUGCAGUGUAUUUUGCAUGAAUAUCUUCAAUUGGUUUCUUAAAGAGGCACUCAAGUUAAAACAGUCUUUCAAAGAAAUUUCUUUGCCUCUGGAACUAAUACUACGCAUAGUUAAAACUGAAGUAAUUUUAAAUAUGUUUCACUGUUAAUGCAGUUUGUUUCUUGUUUUGAUUCCUGUACUUCAUUUUUUUCCUAAAACAAAAACUAUAUUUGGGACCAAAGCUAUUUGGUAAUGCCCCUUUUAAAAUAUAGAUAGGAUUGCCAAUUUUGGCUGAACAUAUUCCUGGAAGCUUGCUCACAUGACAUAAUCUUUCAUUCAAGAUUAAUUUUUAAUUUCUGGAGACUCCAGGUCAAUCCUGGAGGGUUGGCAACCCAGAUUACAGGUGGUGACUACAAAAUAUUAGUGACUAUAGCUGUCACAUUCCUAAGUCUGUACUUUGUGUAGCUCGUAUGAAAAUUGAAGUGAAAGGGUGCAAGAGUAAUGUGGGAAACACAUCCUUGAAACACAUCCUUGAAAACAAUUAACAAGGAGAAAGAUUGAGCAUGCAUGUUACUUUGGGGUUCUUAUGUUGCGCACUUGUGAGUGUCCUGAAUGACUACUUUGGUGUAACAGUAUCAGACUGCAGGUGCUUUGUGAAAUGGUGGCUCAGAUGGAAAAUAUCUAUUUGUUGAGUAAUUCUGUUGGCUUGUCAAUUUGUGUCUAUGGUUUAGUAUGAGAUUAUGUAAAAGUUAUAUAACCAUGCUGAUUUGGUGGUAUAUGCUACUCUUUUGUACACAGUGAAUUAAUUAUUUUAAAAGUGAUAUAUCCAUUUUUUAAAUUUGCAAAGUAACUAGUUCUCCCAAUAAUAAGAAUCCAUAAAUUGCAAAUGUUCUAUAAUGUCAAAAGGAUUUUGCAUUCAUUGGGGAAAAUCUAACUGCUUGUGUUAAUCCCUACAAAAUUUGAGAUGCUUUUACCGUCAAACAGACCAGAAGUUUUUUGUAUUAGAAUGAAAGCAUUGUAUUAUCAGUUAAAAGUUUAAUAUUGUGUCAGAGCUUCAGAAUUCAUUUUCAGAAUCCUAGACAUACAUACAAAACUGCAAAAUUUGAAAAGUCACAGGGCAGUCGUUUAAAACCUAUUUGUGUAUUUUGGGACAUCUCAAUAGGAGCUCUCUAAUUUUUCUGUUUUUAUGAACUGCAAUGAAACUAUUGGUUGUAGAACGUAUUGGGUCAAUUGUGUUUAAAGUUACGUUUGCUUGUCUGAUAAGCCAAGUAUGUCAUUAAAAUUAUAUAGAUCUGCUUAUAUUGAUGUGCAAUUUAAAAUGAGAUAACAUUGAGGUAAUCAUGUAGGUAUUUAUAUUGAUAUGGCAGUAGUGAAGUGGGAUAUCUGUAUACUGUACCCACAUUCUGGCCUGAGCAAAAUCACAUGGACUUCCAGAAAUAAGCAAUGGUUUUUAAGAGCAGCUUUAUUUAAUGUUGCAGCAGCAAGUAAAUGUUAUUUGUAUCAUAUACUUGUACAUGUAAAUUGGGUGCUAAUAAAUACUAUUUUUCAACA